CUAUUCACUACAUUGAUCAGCCAUUGCCAUGCAAGACACAAACACCAUAGUUCAUUAGUGUUGGGUUUGACUCAUUCUAGAGCUUCCCUUCCCAUUCCUUCUGAAUCAAGAGCUUCAAAUCCAAAACCAUUAGAAAUGAGAGACAUGUUAGCACCAUUGAGAGAAGUAAGAGAUGGGUAUUUGAUUUCUUUAAAUUUAGGUACACCCCCACAAGUCAUCCAAGUGUAUAUGGAUACUGGGAGUGAUCUUACUUGGGUUCCUUGUGGUAACCUAACUUUUGAUUGCAUGGAUUGUGAUGAAUACAAAAGUUAUAAGGCAAUGUCUACUUUCUCUCCUUUCCAAUCCACUUCAGCCCUUAGAGAUUUGUGUACUAGCCCUUUCUGCAUUGAUGUCCAUAGUUCUGAUAACCCUUAUGAUCCAUGUACUAUGGCUGGUUGUUCUUUGAGUACCCUUCUCAGGGGUUCCUGCCCUAGACCUUGUCCUUCAUUUUCUUACACUUAUGGUGCAGGUGGAGUUGUCAUUGGGUCCCUUACUAGGGAUAACCUUAGGGUUCAUGGAAGUAGUCCUAAUGUUACUAGGGAUAUACCAAGUUUUGUUUUUGGGUGUGUAGGAGUAACUUAUAGAGAACCCAUUGGAAUUGCAGGUUUUGGUAGGGGUACACUCUCCCUUCCUUCACAACUUGGUUUACUUCAAAAGGGUUUUUCUCAUUGCUUCUUGGCAUUCAAGUUUGUCGACAAUCCUAACAUCUCUAGCACAUUAGUUAUAGGAGACCGUGCAAUCUCUUCCAAAGAUAAUUUACAAUUUACACCAAUGUUGAGAAGUCCCAUGUACUCUAACUAUUACUAUAUUGGCCUAGAAUCAAUUAGUGUAGGCAAUAUGAGUGCAAUUGAAGUUCCCACAAGCUUGCGCAAUUUCGAUUCCGAAGGUAAUGGUGGCAUGUUGAUUGAUUCAGGCACCACUUACACUCACUUACCUGAGCCCUUCUAUUCACAACUCAUUUCAGUAAUGCAAUCAGUGAUAACUCUCCCUCGGGCGACCGAGGUUGAGACGAGAACUGGGUUCAAUCUCUGCUACAAAGUUCCUUGCUUAAGCAACAAAACAGCUUUUGAUGAUCUUCUUCCUUCAAUGUCUUUCCAUUUCUUGAACAAUGUGACUUUAGUAUUGCCCAAGGAGAACUACUUCUAUGCCAUGGGUGCUCCAAGUAACUCAACUGUGGUGAAAUGCCUCUUAUUCCAAAGCAUGGAUGAUGGUGACUAUGGACCAGCUGGAGUGUUUGGGAAUUUUCAGCAGCAAAAUGUGGAAGUAGUCUAUGACUUAGAGAAGGAGAGAAUUGGAUUCCAAUCAAUGGACUGUGCUAACUCUGCAGCUUCUCAAGGACUUCAUGGAAAAUAAUUUGGUGGUAGUUAAUGGUAGUUCUUGCUGUUAUCCCAAGAAAUGAGUAGAAAUAAAUAGUUAAGAUCAGGUGUGUCAGUUGUGGGUUACAACACAUAGUGGAAGCUUUUCCUUUUGGUACUUGUAUUUUGUUUUUGUCCCUCCUUGGAUGAAAUCUGUUUUAGUUUGCUUUACUAAAAAUGUACCUUCAUUAAACUAUCU